UCUCAUGGUAGGCACUUGAAAUACACAAAAAUUAGGAAUUUUCCAUUACAAAAAGGACUUCUUCAAUGACUUAGUAUUCAGAAGGUGGGCUCGAUGUCAACGGCCGGCGUCAAUUUCUAUUUUGAUUUUAUUCAAGGAGCUAUCAAAAAGGAACUUACUUAUUAAAUUGAAAUCAUUAUGGAAAUCAUACAUUAUAGUUUGUGAAAAUUAUUGUCUUUUUAAAAUAAUUAUGUAACUAAUGGGCAUUUUGAUAAAAGAUUUACAAUCAAGAUAGGUAACUAAUUAUUGGGUAUUUAUCUGAUUUUCAAUUUAUAAUAGCUCUAUAAUUUGAUGACUCAUUAAUUGUACAUCAACAAGUACGCACAAUGUCCUGGGACAUAACGUUAGAUUUUGAAUAUGUCGUGACGAAGAAGGCCCCACCACGCCUUUGUUUCGGUACGAAGAUGAGCCGUGAAACUUUACCCAUGAGUGGACCAGCCUUAAGCCCUUUCAUGAGACGCAUCCAACAUCAAGUAAUGCCGAAAUUGGGACCCGGCACGUACGAAAAUAAUCGUGAUGCGUUUUAUGAACUUACACAUAGGAUAUACAGCAAAUGUUAUUAUGGGCCUACGUCACCAAGGUGGAAAGUUAAGCAUGAGUAUCAGCCGCCACCCAAAGAACUUCCACCAUCCGUACCAAUACCCCAAAACUGUGCGCCUUUUAACUCUACGUCGAAAAGAAAAGGGCUGUUUAAGGCAACCGAUUGUCCCGCACCAUGCGAUUACUAUCCAAUGUAUAAGAAGAGACAAAUGAAGUUCGCUUACAGUUUCACCGGGAAAAAAGUUUUGAAAUGCGCGGUUGAGAUCAAAUGUGUCCCGUAUAAUUUGGACGCUUGUGGGUACUGUGGAUGCUCAUGCUCUGCUCAAGGCGAUUACUGGCAGUACGAGAACAGAAUUUUCCUAUGCAGGAAACAUUAUUCAAGAUUUUUCAAAAACUGCUUAGCCAAAUUUCAGGGUGUGAAAUUAGCUGAUUUCAAGUCUGUAAGAGAUUGCUUUUUCGCACAUGCGCACAAUAGUUGCAAGGCUGCAUUGAAAAUUAUGAAGAGUGAAGAAAUCGAAAAGAAGUUGAGGAAAGAAGCCUAUCUCGAUUUAUAUUUUCCGCAACGCAGAUUUUGUAACAAUUAGUGCUUAUUUAUUGAGUAGCUUUCAAUAUUAAUUUAACAACGCAUUAUUACUAAGUUCAAACAAAUUAAUUUGAUAAAACCAUUAUU